AUGCUGUCACGAUAUGUGCAAUCUAAUAUCAAAUCUUUGCCACUGCGAGGUUUCUCGAUAGGCAGGCAAAUAUUCCCUCGAGGUAAUCGAUUUCAAUCUACUAUUCCAUCAACGGCGUCUAACGGUCAUGUUGAGCUUCAACCUGCUCUUAUAUCGAAGGCAACAGAAUAUAUGAAAGAAUUAGCUGAGUUAAAUAAACAAUUGUCUCAGGGAGAAACUUUUGAUGUGGCACAACAGAAACGAUUUGCUCAUCUCGCAUCCAUAGAGGAUGCAUUCCAAACUUACCAAACUCAACUAUCCAAUUAUAAAUCACUUCAAGAACUUGCCCAAUCGGACCCAUCAUUGAAAGAGGAGGCACAAUUAGAAUUGACAGAAUUGGUUCCGCAAUUAUCUCAAACCAUGAAUGAGUUACAAUCAAGACUGAUACCACCCCAUCCAUUUGCUGAUAAGGCAUGCAUCCUGGAGUUAAGACCAGGUGUGGGUGGCACAGAGGCUAUGAUUUUUACACAGGAUUUGCUGAAUAUGUAUAUUGGUUACGCUCAUUCGCAUAAAUGGAAAUAUCGAAUUCUGGCACAGGAUGAAAAUGAAAGUGGUGAUGGGCUUGUAGAUGCCAUUUUAAAUAUUGAUGAACCUGGAUCCUAUGAUAAACUAAGAUUUGAAUCGGGUGUUCAUCGUGUUCAAAGGAUUCCUGCAACGGAGACCAAGGGGAGGACUCAUACUUCUACUGCCGCUGUGGUAGUAUUACCUCAAAUGGGUGACGAUUCAGAUAGAGCCAUUAAUGCCUAUGAAAGGACAUUUAAACCGGAUGAAAUUAGAAUUGAUGUAAUGAGAGCUAGGGGGAAAGGUGGACAGCAUGUUAAUACCACUGAUUCUGCAGUUCGAUUGACACAUUUCCCCACGGGGAUAGUAGUUUCCAUGCAAGAUGAGAGGUCUCAACAAAAGAAUAAAGCAAAGGCUUUCACCAUCUUAAGAGCACGGUUAGCAGAGAGAGAACAAAAAUUGAAAGAAGAGAAAGAGAGAGAUGCCAGGAAGGAGCAGGUAACAACUACGGAUAGAUCAGAUAAGAUAAGAACUUACAAUUAUCCUCAAAAUCGUGUCACAGACCAUAGAUGUGGCCUAACUUUAUAUGCACUGGAUGCAAUUAUGAAGGGGGAGAGACUUGGUGAAGUGAUUGACGCUAUGCGACAAUUCGAUGAUCGAGAAAGAGCACGUCUUGAAUUUUAA